AGGACUUGCGAAUAUAUACGAUCAACACGGCAACAAUGUAAACACAACUGUCUGAAGGACGAAGUGAUACUAUGUCAAAUCCGACCUUAGGCACGCCAAUCCGGGUCGAACCAUGAAAUAUUGGGCACUUUGGACACUUAGACGGAGCUAUUCACCUCUAGGUGGAACGUGGCACGCCUUAUCUACUUGGUCCGCCCGUACUAGGACCCUACGCACGGUUCAACUCAUACGACGUAAAAGAGAGAAAUGGGCCAAUAUCGCACAUUGGCGAUGGUAUUGGCUUUGGAGCAAGCUGAAGUUCAAUCGACACCGGGCCAUGCCCACUAUGUUGAAUCCGAAGUUGUCUGAGGAGGAUUUCCAGGAAAUCAGGCGCCAACACGCCCGAUUAGUGAGGGUGGGGGGCGUGAAAGCCUCGGAAACGAAAGUGUCGUUCGCCACCGAGUCUCAGCCAAGUCAGUCGGAUGAAGUGGAUCUCAAUGAUGCCAUCAAGAAGAUGAAAAUGCGACCCGGGACCGUGGAUCCUGCGCCCGCUUCGGCUAGCGCGCCUACGUCGUUUUUUUCCACUAGCUUCUUUAUGGACACGAUACUCUCGGUUCCUACCGCCAUUUUGCCUAAACUGCCUAAUGUCCAGGAUUUUUUACCUUUUGGGAAAGUCCCAUCGGAUAUCCCCCCCUCUGCAGACGUGGCUGCCGAUUUAGAGACGGAAACCACCCCUUGGCGACGGCCUUACGUUCGAUCCGCCCAAUCCAAAGCUGCCAUCGAUGCCAGGACCCGGAGUUGCGUGGCUAAUCUGCGAAGCACGGCAUCGUUAGAUUCUGCCGUGUUGAAGCCCUUGGAAGUGUUCAAUAAUCACCUCUACCAAUAUCCAUUUGCCAAGGGUGUGGCUGUGAGGAGUCAUGCUGUGAGUCAGUUGUUGCAUAUUCGGGACAAGAGUGAGAACGAGUCCGUCAAAAUGGUCGCCAGGGAGGGUUUGAACUUGUUGGGCUAUCAAGAGGCGGUUGGUUCUCAGGGCAUUCGGAUUUUGUGUUUAGAUGGGGGCGGCAUGAAAGGCAUUAUUGCGCUUGAAGUCCUCAAACGUAUCGAGCUAACAACCGGACGAAGGAUCUACGAGGUCUUUGAUUUCAUUUGCGGAGUCAGCACGGGUUCAAUCAUCGCUUCGCUUUUGGCCUUUCACAAGAUGUCCGUCAAUGAGGUAGCCUCCGCUUAUAAAACGUUAGGCGCCGAAGUGUUCAAGCAAAACAUGUUCUCAGGAGCUACGGGUUACCUUCGAAGCCAUUCUUACUACAAUACCCUGGCCUACGAGCGGGUUCUCCAAAGCUUCGUUGGCAAUAUGGUCAUGGGCGAAACUGCCCGCACUCCUCGCACACCAAAAGUCGCCAUUGUGGCCACGCUAGUCAACACAGAGCCCAUGGGACCGUUCGUCUUCCGAAAUUAUCACUAUCCUUACCGAAGCCCGUCCAAUUUCAAAGGUAGCUCAGAUCAUCCAAUUUGGGCGGCCGUCAGAGGCUCCUCCGCAGCUCCAGGCUAUUUUGACGAGUUCUGUUUGGAGGACAAGAUAUUCCACGAUGGUGGAAUCAUGACCAAUAACGCGACCAUGAUCGCCAUACACGAAGCCCAAAGGCUGUGGGCGCAUGAGGCCUUGCACUGCGUGGUAUCUUUGGGCAUGGGUCGAUUCAAAGGACCCAUCCACCCCGAGGAGCCGUUCUUAGACGUCAAGAAGCCCAAGAACCUGUCGUUGGCGCAGAAGUUCUCAAGAAUCAUUGAUGCCGCCACGGACACGGAAUUGGCCCAUGUGAGCUUGCACGAUUUACUUCCCGGCGAAGUUUACUUCAGGUUCAAUCCGUAUCUGAGCGAAUACUUUGAUAUGGACGAAGUUCGUUUGGAAAAGAUGUCCAAGAUGAGAGAGGACACUCAAAUGUACAUCAGAAGAAAUGAGAACCGCUUUGAUGAAGUUUGUCAAAGACUUGUUCAGCCCAGGUCUUGGUCAAAAAGAGCUCGAGAUCACAUUUCCUUGGCUAGUCAUUAUGUGCGCGCUCAACUUGAUAAGGGUGCUGUAGAGUCACAGUGAAUAGAAGAUAUAAUUUUGUAUAUGCUACAUUGUCAGUCACUAUUUUUAAAGUGAGCCUUUUAUAAAGUCUAAACGAAAGUCUCUUUUGCCAACGACAUGAAUUCUAAAUCGA